GUAGCGCCGCUGACCGCACACAGCUGCUCGGAAUCAUGACAGAAGAUGACGGAUACCGUUGUCGUGGAGGGCCAAGUUAAACUUCGAGAUGGAAAGAAGUGGAGGAACAGAUGGGUCGUUUUGAGGAAACCGUCUCCAGUCGCAGACUGUCUGUCUCUUCUGGUGUACAAGGACAAGGCUGAGAGGCACAAGGGUCACCGUGAGCGCAGCUGCCUCACACUGGGGGACAUCUGCGGCCUGGAACCCGGCCUGAGCUACGAAGGGGUGGGCUACACGCUAGCCAUCGUCAGCCUCACACAGUCAGUGCUGUUGGGCUUCGACAGGCGGGAAAACCUCCUCGCCUGGGACUUGCGGAUCCGCUACAGCCUGGGAGAAGCCCACAGGUUCAAUGUGCAUGUCCUCCCAGGGACAAAGCUAGACAGUGGACCAGCCACACUACAUUUGUGCAACAACCUGCUCGUCAUCACCAGGGACCUCCCACCUGUUGUUGCUGGCCAAUGGAAACUGUCUGAUCUGCGACGCUACGGAGCAGUGCCCAAUGGCUUCGUGUUUGAGGGCGGGACACGUUGUGGCUCCUGGGCUGGAGUUUUCUUUCUUGCCUGUGCAGAAGGAGAGCAAAUUAGUUUUCUGUUUGACUGCAUCGUUCGAGGCAUCUCUCCUAGCAGGAGUCCAUUUGGAUUGCGGCCUGUGCUGCCAGAUGCCAGCAGCAGCAGCAGCAGCAAACAGUGUUCCUCUGAGGAGCGCAUCCAGCAGGAGGCCAUCGAGCUGGAGAAACGCCUCAGCAGACUGUCCACCUGCAGUCGCCAAAGUAGCACAGCCUCCACCUGCAGCUACAGCACGUCCACGGCGGGCGAUGACUGCAGCAUGUCCAGCUCCUCCUCGGAGGCCAGCCACUCGGACGCCAGCCUGGGGAGCCGCCUGACGCUCUGGGCCGAGCCUUCCAAAUGCCCCACGCCGUCGGGCCUCUCCUCGUCCGGCGCUGUCUCGCGCAUGUCCACGCCCAUCCCGAGACGCACGCUCACGCCGUCGCUGAGCGCGGACGACCAUCUUUACGCCGCCGUCAUGAGCGGGACGGUGGGCCCUGCCCCUCCUCUGCGCCCCUCCUCCUCCACCUCCUCGUUCCGGCUGGAGCGCGCGCGUGGGCUGCAGGACGCCGGGCGCCAGAGCUCCACGGACAGCGGCAUCGCCACCACCGGCAGCCACUCUUCCUACUCCGGAAGCUUCUCCUCGUAUACGGGCAGCCUGGAUAUGGCCACAGGCGAGGCCGAGGACUUUGGCUCGUUGCUCAGCCUGCCGUCCACCCCCAGUCUUGCCCCCACCAUUACCAGCCUGAGCCACACUGCCCUGGAGCCCAUCUCAAGCCCCUGCUCCUACUCCUGCCCCGUCCCCACCCCUAUCAGGCCCGCGCCCACCCCCGUACCCUGCUCCCUAAGUGGCUCGGAGUACCAGGUGCCCCCCUCACCUGGGGAGCUAGAGCAGCCCCAUCAGCAGCCACCACAGCUGCGGGACCUGCCCUGCUACGACACCCCGAGGCGCCUCCUGGUGGCCCAGGGCGCACCCACAACAGACUCGGGAGCAGCACUCAGCACGUCAUCUGGUUCUCAGGACAGAAUGCCAGGGCUACAGGAGACCCUGAGUGAACCCAGACAGUCCCUAUCCAGUCCACCGGCCCCUGAGGCAAGCAGUAAGUCUUCCAUGCUGUCCUUGGCUGGCUCGUUGAAGAGCCUCUUGUCCCCUCCACAAACGCCCCCACCUACUGUCCCAAACACGUGCCCAGUGUGCAGAACAGCAAAGUGCAACCAUCUAUUUGAUACUACCUACAUCACACCGGAGCAGUGGUUGUCAGCUAGGAAAAAGUGUUUCACACAGACCACACCUUCAUCACAACACAGCAGUUUACCUCCAUCAUCUUCACACGUGGAAAGGAUCCCAGGACAAAUGCCGGCACUCUCUUCAUCUGCUGCUGAGUAUCUGGCUAACCUCCAACUGGCUCAAGGAACUCCAGAGCUGGAUGAUCGGGGUCGCUACGAGCUGAUGGGCAGCUACGCUCAGCUCCAGAGAACCUCCAGGGACUCUGAAGCAAGUUUUCUAGUGAGGUCUCCGUUUUUCAUCAGCCCCCCGAGGCUCCAUCGGCAGGCCUCCGUGAGCGCGGAGGCAAAGGGAAACUACGAGCGGAUGGCCUUAACCUCAGAGGUGCAGCCGAAGACUGACCCCCCAUCUGGAGAAUGUGGUGCAGCAUUGCCAGCCCCGAUGGACUCCAGAAUGUCACCAUUUGACAGGUUUCUUGGGGACAAUGUCAACUACGUGAACAUCCCAAUCAGCCCAGCGGCGAGGAGACAGAUCCACUACAUGGAGCUCGACCUGCCAGAUCUGCCGGACACAGCCGCUGCUGUCAGAGGAGGGGGCUCCACUAAAUACGCCCAGAUUGAUAUCGCUGCCACGGAGGCGGCCCAGAGAGUGGGCGCACAGCACGCGCAGGGCCGAGAGGAACGCCUGCAGGAACUGGAGCAGAGGAAGAGAGGGACGAACAACUAAGACACUUGCCCUCAGAGAGACAGUCACGCACACACACAGACGCACGCACACACUCAUACACUAAGAAAUGUUCCGCUUUCAUUUUCGGACAAGGUUCAGAUUGUAGGUUCUUGGACACUGCACAGGUACAAUUGUGUAGUUUGAGACGCAUUCACAGCAUGCUUCAAGUAAUCCAUAGCACAGUAAACAACACUGGAUGAAGUUGUUGCAUGAAUGACAGUUCACAAGUUCAGUCCUCGGUCAGUUACAUUUUAACCCUGAUUUUGAUAUGCGUUACACAUUUGAGAAGUAUGUGUAAAACAUUCAUAAGCUAAGCUUGUAAAAAAAACGUGUUUAAGACCCUUGCCUGCCUGUGGACAUGCGCUCAGGCAGGUGGUAAUGGCGUGGUAAUGAGAGAUUCUCAUCAGUAGGCUUCGUUGAGACAGUAUUGGCACCGAGAUGCUGGUUUUCAAAUUACCACCUGGCCUGCAGGCAAGCUCAGCCUUCAGAUUGCAGAUGUCACUGAACUGCCCUCAUAUGUGAGCUCUUGCGUUACCCAAGCUUUACAAGACCCGCUUUAGCCUUGAACAGAACUGUGUUUGUACUUCAAGGAUAUGCAUGAUCACAUGCUUGUACUUUGCAAUAAUCACAGCUGAGCAGUAGUGUUGAAAUCUGUGUAUGUUCUCGCGAGUAUGUGUGAAGGGUGAAGGAUUAUGCUGCAUUCAUACUUUUUAUACAGUUAAAACAUAAAGCAUUGUCAUAUAUGCAGUUGCAUGGACUGAAGCAAUACUCCUUUAUAUCAUAUUUUCCAUUUAUAUUUCAAAGUGUGUGCUUUGAGCAGGAUUUAUAUUUUAUGACAUGGAUUCCAAUGUUUAUUGUUAUUAAUAAUUAAUUACCUGACAAGGAUGAAUGACUGACUAGGUUGUUUAUGUGAGGAUGGGGCCUAUACAGCGUAUGCGGACUGCUUCUUAUAUGACCAAUGCUGACUUCGACGAUUUAUUGGUUCAAAGUUGUACAGAGGAAACUUGGAAGCUGUAUAUUUACCUGACUAUAUUGUCACAUUAUUUGUAUUGUAUUAAAAGAUUAUUUAUCUAUUUG